AUGGCUUCUGGUGAGUUCGUGUCCGAUUUCGACGCAAUGCUGUCGCGAAAGAAACAGAAUCGCAAGAGAGCUGUGCAAAGCGCUACACCGUCAGUGGAUGAGGUUCCCAAUCUACUAGCCCAAAUGAUGGAGGCUGCCAUUGAAGACCAAAAACUCCUUCAUGCUGGCCAAUUGCCAACACAAAAACUACUCCUCCUCGACAGUGCCAUAUCGAAGCUGAUGAAAAGAAACCUGCAACAACUCUAUCUCGAACAUGGCUUGCUGAGUGUGCUUACCGUGUGGUUGAGCCCUUCCAGCAACGGUCAUCCACCACCGUUCCAGAUCCGCGAGGCAAUACUGACGGUGCUCCAGCUGUACGAUUGCAUACGCAAAAACCACCUGAAGGAGUCGGGCCUCGGGAAGCAGAUAUACCGGCUGGCCAAGGAUCCGCAAGAACUGCGCAAGAAUCGAAAGCUAGCCCGUACGCUCGUCACAAAGUGGGCACGGGACAUUUUCGGUAUAUCUGUCGACUAUCGGAGCAUGAGCCGCGCCGAGCGCCUCGAGCACGACAUGAAGGCAGUUCCGGGACAACUUAAGAAGGUAAAGAAGGAACAGCACAUGACGGAUCUUACUAUGAAGACGCCGUUUGUACGUCUGAUCGAUGAUCCCUUUGUAACGGACCAAGAGACGAGCAAUGAUCCGCCAGUUGCUACGACUAUUCGAGCUCGCGUUCCGAUGGUUUCGACGAAGGAGUAUAUUAUUCGACCGGCAUCAAAGCUGGCUGACGAAGGACCGCACCAUCAAUCGAUGGCGACUGUGAUGGGUCGCUGCGAUAGGAUGAUUAGAAAUUAUAACAAAAAACGGGGCACGUAA